GAAACGUCGCUUCUUCCCUCCACACGUUCAUGCACACACCACAACCAGCUUCACUUGAAUAGACGGAACCUCGGACUUUUGACCAGUCCUCUUUCUACUCUUUCCAGCCUGCACACUCAAGCAGCAGUGGAGUGUCCACACUCACCCUACAGAUAUACGCAUACAUUCACGGAUAUAUUCACGCUUGCGCUCAUACUCGCACGCACGCUGACGCACUACAAACCAACAGCUUCAACAAAAACAGCAACUUUCCAGCAAAGGUUUACAUUUUGCUGAAGGGCACCUUUCACCAUUGAACAGCAACUAUCUUACGUCGCCGACCUCGCCAACCUCGCCAAUCUUCAAAGGGUCCUCGUCCUCUGCGCACUAUUGAUUGCAUUCCACUAUCUGUACCCCAAAAUGGAACCAAUGGAGCUCUCCCCCGAGUACAAUUCAUCCGUUGACGAGAAGCCCCCAGUGGAGGAGCAUCAUUCUGUCGAUGAUGUCGAAUGGAUGACCCGAAAGUACCUACCCAUCAUUGGCGAUCUUGAGGAGCGCGCCUGUGAAACCUUUCAAUGGGAGAUCAAGGACUGGAGGGCGCUGGAUAAGAGGGUAACAGGUCCAGAGUUUGAAAUCGGAGGAUACAAAUGGCGCAUUCUGCUGUUUCCUCAGGGCAACAGCGUACCUGAUCAGAUUGCCGUGUAUCUAGACUCUGCAGAGCCGCGCGAGCAAUCUGACCCCAACUGGCAUGUCUGUGCCCAAUUUGCUCUUAUGAUGUCCAACCCCGGCGACCCUACAGUAUACGUUGUCAAUUCUGCGAGUCACCGAUUCACGGUUGAUGAGGCCGAUUGGGGUUUUACUCGAUUCUUCGACCUCAGGAAGCUGGAACAUCCAUUGGACCAACGUGGCGUCCCAUUGAUGGUGAACGGACACACAAUGAUCACUGCCUAUGUUCGAGUGUACAACGAUCCUACAGGAGUGCUUUGGCACAACUUUGCCAACUAUGACUCGAAGGCGAUGACAGGGUAUGUGGGACUGAAGAACCAGGGCGCCACCUGUUACAUGAAUUCAUUGCUCCAGUCACUCUUCUUUACGAACUACUUCCGAAAGGCCGUAUUUGAAAUACCAACGGCUGAAGAUGAACCCUCAAAAUCCAUGGCUCUGGCACUUCAGCGUGUCUUUUAUCAACUGGCAACCAGCAACAACUCGGUCGGAACAACAGAGCUGACGAGGUCGUUUGGAUGGAAUUCACUGGAGAGUUUUAUGCAGCAUGACGUACAAGAGUUCAAUCGGGUUCUACAGGAUAAUCUAGAGGGAAAAAUGAAGGGCACUGAAGCGGAGGAUGCUAUCCAGAAACUCUUUGCUGGGAAGAUGAAGAGUUACGUAAAAUGCAUCAAUGUCGACUACGAGUCCUCGCGAGUGGAAAACUUUUAUGAUAUCCAGCUGAAUGUUAAGGGAUGCAAAACCCUGCGGGAUUCGUUCGCCAAUUACGUCGAUGUGGAGACAUUGGAUGGCGAGAACAAGUACCAAGCGGAGGGCUAUGGCCUUCAGGACGCCAAGAAAGGCGUUAUAUUCCAGACACUACCGCCUGUAUUACACCUCCAGCUGAAGCGGUUUGAGUAUGACAUUGAACGUGAUGCGAUGGUCAAGAUCAACGACAGACAAGAGUUCCCUUUGAAUAUCGAUCUCGCAGAGUUUGUGGAGGAAAGCGAGGAAAAGGAAAAAGCUGGUCCCGAUGGGUUCAAGUACACCCUUCAUGGCGUCUUGGUCCAUUCCGGAGAUCUUCACGGAGGACAUUAUUUUGCGCUCCUGAAGCCUGAACGUGAUGGAAAAUGGUACCGCUUUGACGACGACCGUGUCAUCCCGGUCUUAUUAAAGGAGGUCCUUGACGAGAACUAUGGUGGGGGAGAGAGUCUCGAAAACUUGGCUGCAAUGCCUCCCGCCCUCCGACAGCUGAACCGCCACAAACGCUUCACCAAUGCAUACAUGCUGGUUUACAUCCAAGAGAACGCUUUGGAUGAGGUCUUGAAACCGUUGACGCACGACGAUAUACCAGAGCAUCUUCAACGUCGACUUGACGAUGAGCGCGCAGUAUUGGAGACACGAAAGAAGGAGCGCGAUGAGUCUUUUCUAUACUUCAAUGCUCGUGUGAUUUCGGACGCGGACUUCAAAGCGCACGAUGGAUUUGACCUGUUCAACCCUCAUUCACUAACUGCUGGAAAGUUGUUCAAAGUACGGAAGUCAGAUACAUUCGAGACUUUUCGACAUUUUGUGGCGGAGGGCUAUGGCAUUCCUGAAGGUGACAUUCGUCUCUGGACGCUGGUGAAGCGACAGAAUGAUACAGUUCGUACUGAUCUCGCCAUCCCAGGCAGCGACUUAAAGAAAUCCAUGGAGGUACUCAAGGAAGCAUACGGACACCGCGCGCAUCCAGAAUUCAGGUGCUACGUAGAGUGUCCUGAUAAAGGAGCAAAAGUCACGAACAGCAAAACAUCUUGGUUCCAGAACGAGAGUCAGAAUGGUGAAAUCAUGAUUUUCAUCAAGUACUACGAUCCCUUCGCCUCAAAACUGGAGGGAUUGUGCAAACUUCACGUUCACAAGCAGGCCAAAGUGGCCGAUAUCAUUGGACAACUAAAUGAGAAGAAGGGUUUCCCUGCGAAUACACCUCUGAAGCUGUUUGAGGAAAUCAAACCGACCAUGAUCGAGCCCAUGAAGAUAAAAAACUCAUUUAAUCAGUGCGAAAUUCAGGGCGGCGACAUUAUCGUUUUUCAGAAGGAACUGACGCCAAAGGAAGUGAACGACCUCAAAGACCAAGGGCUGAGAGCGACGGUUCCACAGCACUACGAGUAUCUUUUCAACCGGAUUUAUGUGGAAUUCCGCCCUAGGAAUGACCAGGACUCAACACUUGAAUCGUACACGUUGGAGCUCAGCAGGAAAAGUACAUAUGACCAAGUGGCCGAGAAACUAGCAGAGAAGCUGAAUACGGACCCACUGCAUAUCCAGUUCACAGCCCCGUCGCACCCUAAUGGACCGCCUAAGAAUACGAUCAAGCGCUCGACCACUAUGCUGCUACACGAGAUGCUCGCUCCAGGAUAUGCCCAGCAAUAUCAAGUACCGAGCGUUCUUUACUAUGAGAAGCUGGACAUCAGUAUUGUGGAGCUGGAGAGCAAGCGGAUAAUCAGAGUCACUUGGCUGGGGCCCACUCUAAAGGACGAAUCAACACACGACCUCCUGUUGCUUAAGACUAGUACGAUAAGUGCGAUGCUAGAGGCGCUGCUGUCCAAGAUACAGCCUUCACCAGAGGGCACGCAAAAGCUGCGUACGUUUGCAGUCUCAAAUGGCAAACUUGUCAAGGAAUAUGGACCCAUGGAUCCGAUCAGUACUGUGCAUGACGCGUUCAAUCUAUACGUGGAGGAGAUUCCCGUAGAGGAGUAUGAGUAUGGUGAGGGCGACUAUCGACUGGGCUGCUUCCAUUUCCACGGAGAUGUCAGCCGCACGCAUGGCAUCCCGUUCUUUGUUGUGGUGAAGGAGGGCGAGGCCUUUGCAGACACCAAGGCUCGUAUCCGCGCAAGGCUGGGCAUGAACGAGAAGGACUUUGCAAAAGUCAAGUUUAUCCUUUUCAACAACAACAGCAGCAACGGUCGCAUCUCGGCUGUGUCUGAUGAUGUUGUGCUUUCAGAAAUUGAACAUUUGCCGGGAGACAUGCUUGGUCUCGAUCAUAUCGACAAGAGUGGGCGGAGCAACAGGACUAGUGUAGAAAAGGCCAUUUUCAUUAGAGGAUAGGCAUGCUUGUGCACGAAAUAAAACCGCAAUGACGGUACCAUGAGCCGAUU